AGUUCCUUAGCGAGUACUACUUUAGUCUCUGCGAUGCCAUUCCUCCGCGUUGCAUCCAGCUUCGCAACAUCAUCCCCAACGCGUUCACUAUGUCUAUCAUCCUUCCUGACCCUCAUCUACGCAAAUUUGACUCGAUUCCCGAAAUGGGACCGAUACCACCCAUUCUAUCAGACUUUGCUUCACGUCUCAAAAGCGCUGACCUCCGCAACAACCUCGAUCAAUACCUCCUUAAUUGUGGAACCCCUUCAUUCCUUACAACACUCAAAAAUCGCUUGAGCCUGCCCGACGUGCCAGAGGGUUCAUCCGAGUUGUACAACCUGUCACUAAUAAAUUCCCUAUAACCAGGUUGGGUGCGCAAAUGUGACUUCCGCGUGAGGGCCUAUCUGAUAGGGGUGACGCUUGCAGGGGCGCGCCCGACGCACCAAAUAUGUAGGGCUUGCGGUCCUGCGUCCUUAUGUUAUCCGAAGGGCAGAAACUUGCAGAGGAAUGCCUCAUCGAAGCUACAGGGUCAUCUUAGUCCCAGGCCUGAAACUGUCGAUUUAUGUACCCAAUGCCGUGCUGUCCUGUUAUCUUGCAUUGUUCAUGUCGCUCGUGUAUUUUCAGUGUUAAAAUAUUGAAUAUUGAUCUAGGAUUGAAUACUUUGAUGUCGAUCGGGUUCCCCUUGUUAUCUCGCAUCAAUGUUUUUCUUUCACACUGCCC